UUCCAUUUGUUCCUUUGGUGUCGUACCUUGCUUCCGGGUGCUUAGUGCGCAGGCGCAGAGUUCGAAUCAAGAUGGCUGCCCCCGUGGAUCUGGAGUUGAAGAAGGCUUUCACAGAACUACAAGCCAAAGUUAUUGAUACUCAGCAGAAGGUGAAGCUUGCAGACAUACAGAUCGAACAACUAAAUAGAACAAAAAAGCAUGCACAUCUUACAGAUACAGAAAUUAUGACUUUGGUAGAUGAGACUCACAUGUAUGAAGGUGUAGGGAGAAUGUUUAUUCUUCAGUCCAAGGAGGCAAUUCACAACCAGCUUUUAGAGAAACAGAAAAUAGCAGAAGAAAAAAUUAAGGAACUGGAACAGAGAAAAUCAUACCUUGAGCGCAGUGUGAAGGAUGCAGAGGACAACAUUCGGGAAAUGCUGAUGGCCAGAAGGGCACAGUAAAAAGUACCAUGAGAAAACCUAUAUUUAACCCCCUUCCUCUGCUCCUGUUGGGCUUUUACCUGGAGGACAUUUUGGAAACUCUGCUUUUAUUUGGACCACAGUUAUGUGGUAGCUAUCCUGUACCUCUGGCUGAGCCAAUUGCAUAUCCUUGGCCUGGGGCUUGAUCAUGACCUACUGAGGGUGAAAGGAAGAAAAGAAUGAGGAGAAGGAAGAAAGCCCCAGGCAAAGGAAGUACCCCCUGCCCAAUGACUUCAAUGUUACCAUUUUUAUUACACAAAUAAAAGUUAUCCAUCCCCUUCUUUGA